ACAACAGCUCUGCUAUUUACUGGGACUCAAGUGCCUGGACUGGCACACAGAGACAUUAUAUGAAAUCCGAAAGCAUGAGGAUAAAGGAGAUUUCUUUGCGGCAAGAUCCUGAUCUAAGAAAGGAGUUGGCGUUGCUAGCUCGAGGAUGUGAUUUUGUUUUACCUUCUAGAUUCAAGAAGAGACUGAAAGCUUUUCAGCAGGUCCAGGUUCAGACAAAAAAGGAAGAAACUUUGCCACCAUCACUUAGUCAAAACAUUCCAACUUUCUAUUUUCCUCGAGGAUGUCCUAAGGAAAAAGUGAAUAUAGAUGCUGUGAUUGCCAAAAUUGAGAGAACAUUCUCUGAAUUUCCAAAUGAGAGGGCAACGUUAGAAGACAUGGGGAAGGUUGCAAAGGCUUGUGAAUGCCCACUUUACUGGAAAGGUCCUUUGUUUUAUUGUGCUGGAGGUGAACGAACAGGAUACGUGUCAGUUCAUAAAUUUGUUGCAAUGUGGCGGAAAAUACUUCAGACCUGCUAUGAUGAUGCUGCAAAGUUUGUUCAUCUUCUAAUGAACCCUGGAUGCAACUACUUGGUGCAAGAAGACUUCAUUCCUUUUUUACAAGAUGUGGUGAAUAGUCAUCCUGGCCUAUCAUUUUUAAAAGAAGCAUCUGAAUUUCAUUCUCGGUACAUCACCACAGUUAUACAGAGAAUAUUUUACACAGUAAAUAGGUCCUGGUCUGGGAAAAUAACUUGUAACGAGCUCAGGAAAAGCAACUUUUUGCAGAAUGUGGCAUUAUUGGAAGAGGAAGCUGAUAUUAACCAGCUGACAGAAUACUUCUCAUAUGAACAUUUUUAUGUUAUCUAUUGCAAAUUUUGGGAGCUGGAUACAGACCAUGACCUCUAUAUUGAUCGGAAGGAUUUAGCUCGACAUAAUGAUCAUGCAAUUUCAAGUAGGAUGAUAGAGCGGAUCUUCUCAGGAGCAGUAACAAGAGGUAGAAAAGCACAAAAAGAUGGGAAAAUUAGCUACGCUGAUUUUGUCUGGUUUUUGAUAUCUGAAGAGGACAAGAAGACACCAACUAGCAUUGAAUACUGGUUUCGCUGCAUGGAUCUUGAUGGGGAUGGCGCUUUGUCUAUGUAUGAAUUGGAGUAUUUUUAUGAAGAACAGUGCCAAAAAUUAGAUAACAUGGCCAUAGAACCUUUGCCAUUUGAAGACUGUUUGUGCCAGAUGCUGGAUCUUGUGAAGCCUCAAUAUGAAGGUAAUAAACUCCUUUUCUACCUGUAA